AUGAAGAAAUCAGGAGUUCCAGGGAAAGCUCCUCUUUCUCCUUUAAAAGGAAAGAAACAGCUUCCCACUACCAAACCACCUGGAGGAAAACUUCCAGCAAAAACUCUACCAUCUACAGCACCACCAUCCGCUCCACCUCCACCUACAACUUCAUCUCCACCUCCACCUCCACCUCCACCUCCACCAUCUGCUCCACCUCCACCUAAAACCUUACCUCCACCUAAAAAUCCACCUCCACCUAAAACUCCGCCUCCACCUAAAACUCUACCUCCACCUAAAACUCCACCUCCACCUAAAACUCCACCUCCACCUCCUACCUCUACUUCCCCUCCUCCUCCACCUCAUCCUCCUUCUAAUAAUCUUCCAAAAUCACCCCCAACUUCGAGUUCUCCACCUGCUCCAACUCCUUCAAAAGGACCUCCUAGUCCGCUUAAGCUAGCUCCAAAAACCACAACAGAGACAAAAACCACAGCUAAAAUAAAGGCACCACUAAGUAGUCCUGCUCCUUCAAAAAACGUGGCAGCAAAACCAACACCAGGAAAGACUGUUGUGAAAAGCAUUAGUAAAGAUUCUAAAACCAGUAACGCACCUCCCAAAUCAACUGAAGUACCUAAUAAUGGAAUUCAAAUUAAAAAAGAAAGUAAGUUAUUGAAUAACAACCUCUCUAAAGAUGGACACUACCCAGAAAUAAGCAAUAGAAAUACUUUUGUAGAAUCCACCUUACCUUUUGAUGUUGGCCCUAUUAAACGUCUACUUUUUCAAGACAAAAGUUCGGAAAAAACCAACACAAAAAGAAGGGAUAGUAAAAAUGCUCGGAUCUCUCAAAGAGAAGAUGAUAUGUUUAAUCUUCAUGUUAGUGUAUUAGAUCCAGCCUUAACUGAGGCUGCUGAACAUUCUUUGGCAGCUUUAAGCCAAACAUUUAAAGAAGAGUUUGCAAGCAGACACUUUACAUUAACAACUUCAGAAAAGAAUAAUCUUUUGUUUGGACAAACAACAAAAGCCAGACCUCAAAUUGUGAAUGAAAAGUUUGAAAUCAUGACAGACUCUCUCCUUCUUUUGCAACGUCUGGAAGAAUCACGUGGUGAUGGAGAAAUACAUGAAAUCCAAAGAAUUAUUCAAAGACUAAGAGCUUCAGCUUUAGAGAAGUUUAUGAAAGCUCAGUAUUCUGAUGCUAUGCUAAAUGCUUUGCAUUGUUAUGAAAUAUCCAGAGCCUUUUUAUCCAAGUACCUUGGUCAUCCAUUAGAAGGUAUAAUGGUAGUAGAAUUGAUCAUUAUUGCAAAAUGUUGUGGUUUAACAGGGGAGUUACGUAAAGGAGAACAAUAUCUUAAAGAACUUCGAUUUCUUGUAGAAAACACUAUUCUAGCUGUAGCAGAUCGUAAAUCUGAAAAUAAAAAUACUAAGAAUGAUUCUUCCCAUAUUAAAAGUAUUUCAAGUAUAUCAGGAUCUAACUCUGGUUCUGGAAACUCUGCUCAAAAUACUACAGCUAUAGGACCAUCUAUUUCAUGUGAUCCUUCAGUACUUUGUAGUCUUGUACUUACAGUUUCAGAUCUAUGUAGUAUGUAUAGGGAUCAUGCAACAUCAUCAUUUUACCUUGAUAAGUAUCUUUCAUUAGUAAACGAAGUUUAUGGUCCAACAGAUCUAGUAAUGAGUGAUGCAUACUCUACAGCAGCAAGCUAUUAUUUCAGAACAAAGAACUUUGAAAAGUGCAAAGAAAUGCUUCAUAAUUGUCUGGAAAUUAGAAAACAGGUUCUGGGAGAUCAUAAUAAGAAUCCUCCUCAUCCUCGUGUAGCUGAUUGUUAUUCAAACUUAGGAUUAGUAUACAGAAUACUUGGAGACUGCCGUCAAGGAGUGCAACAUAUAAUGGUUGCUUUGGAUAUGUUAAUGAGGAUUUAUAACAAUAAAGAGUUUCCUUUAGUACAAGACAACAUCCUGGCUUUGGGAUGCAUUUUUCAUCAAGCUGGAAACUUUAGAUAUGCUCUAGAGUUAUAUAAUGAGGUAUAUAGAUACAGAAGAGAGAACUUAGGAUUUGAUCAUCCUGACACAAAAUAUGUUUUAGAGCUGAUUACAUUAUUGGAUGCAGAUACCCAAGUAUACUUAACAGAAAACGUAAAUAGCUGUACAGAAUCUUAUAUUUCUCAAGAAUUACAGAAUAAGUGUAUUGAUACAAGGGAAUCAUUAGAAUCAAGAGCAGAAAGAUCCUUAAAAGAAAUAAUAAUAGAUGCUUUAGGAAAGUCAAGUAAGCUAGAACGGAUAAUGUAUGAGGAAUCAGCAUUAUUGGCAAGCCCAAUUUGCCCAAGUAUUGACCAGUUAAGGUAUCGGCAAUUAGAAAUGUUUCUAUUUGACCCAAGGAAUACGAAAGGUCUGAAUAAAAAUACUCCAUUUUCAAAUAAUCAGACUCAGCAACUACUAUGUACUUCAAGGAUUAGGGCACUACAUGGAGAAUCUUUUCAGAGUAUGGCAGUGAGCUCAACAGCAAUUCUACCUCACUUAAAAGUAAGGAUUACUGGACCAGAUCAUCUAGGAGUUUCUACUAUGCUUUCCCUUCCUCCCUUCUGUAAGACAGAAAGAAGAAGGUUACCAAUUAUAAACAUUCCAAAGCUAACAAGAGGAUUCCCAGUAAUGGGAGAUCAAUCAGUGGUAAUGACAAUAAAUGAGGAAGCUCAAGGAAUUUUGGAAAAGUGGGAGAUUCCAGAACCAUGUAUAACCCCUGAAGGAAAAUUAAUUUCUCAAAUAGAGAAAGAUGAGAAGACAGGUUUGUUGUUAUACUUGCCUCUAGUAGAUUAUACAGGAAAGGAGGAAAUGAAAGCUUAUUUCAAAGAAACAAUAUGGAUUCCAAAUGCCUUGAUUCCUUUAGUUAGACAAAGAAUCAAAGACAAAGAAGAGGCUAAACAAGUUAAAGUAACUCAAAAUCAUGUAAUAGGUAUUGAGCAACAACUUCCACAGAAUGAUAUUUUAGGAAAAAUCCGAGGAGCUAAGCCUGACGUGGAAGAGUCUAAUAGUGGAAGGCUGCCUUGUAUUUCGUUCUUGGAUGGCGAGGGUAAUGUAAUAACGAAACUUCCCUAUGUAAUAGAUCUUGAACCAUUUGUGUGUGCCUCAACAAGAAUUGCGUUGAGUACAUCUGCAAAAUGGGGCCUUCCUUCUCCCGACUCACAAAAUGUCAUUGAACUUCUUAAGGGUAGUGGAAUUGGCGCUCUUAUUAGUUCAAUGAUCCAAUAUAAACCUUCAGAUGGAGGAAUUUAUAGUAGUAUUGUAGGAGCGAGCAUGAAAUCAGGAAAGGCAUUAUCAGGGUUGCUGGAUGGUAUUGGACAAAUGGACAACAUUAUUGGCAAAUCAACAGCACCUCAAAGCAAAGAAAGUGCUCCUGAAGAGCCAAAGGCGCCAAGCACCGAAUCUAAGGCGCCACCAAAGGCGCCACCAGCAAAAGGGAAGGGGCCGCCAACUAAAGGGAAGGGACCUCCAGGAGGAAAGGGACCACCAGGUGGGAAAGGUCCACCAAGUGGGAAGGGACCCCCAAAAGGAAAAGGAGGGAAAAUUGGAGGAAAAUCAGGGGGUGGAAAGUUCAGUGGUCCAGAGUCAAAGACUAAGAAGUUGCAUUGGGAUAAAGUUGAAAAUAUUCAAGGCACAAUUUGGGAUAUUAAGGAGCCAAUUAAGUUGGACUUUGGAAAUUUGGAGGAAGUAUUCGGUAUAGAGUCGGCAAAGCCAAAAAAAGCGGCAGAGGCAUCAAAGAAACCGAAGGUUAUGCAAAUUUUACCGGAUUCGAAGAGAGCAUACAAUAUGAGUAUUGCAUUGUCAAAGUUCAGUGCAUAUACAUUCCAACAGCUACGUGACGCAAUAUUAGAUCUGGAUAAGAAGAUUUUGGAUACAGAGGCUACGGAAGCUUUAAUUCUAAUGAUUCCAACACCGGAAGAGUUUGCAAUUGUAAAGGAAUAUAUUGAUGCAGGAGGAGACUUGACUCAACUGGACAAGCCUGAACAAUUUAUAGCUGCAAUGAUUGGUAUUCCUAUGUUUGGUGCUCGUUUAAAUGCUCAACUUUUCAUUCUUUCAUUUGAGAAUUCAUUUAAUGAUUUAAUGACACCUUUACAAGAGUUAAUUACAGUUUGUAAUGAAAUUAAGUCAAACUCAAAGCUUAAAAAGGUAUUUUCUAUUAUUCUUUCUGUGGGUAAUAUUUUAAAUCUUAAUACUGAAAAAGGUGAUGCUAAAGGUUUUAGGAUGAGUUCACUACCAAAGUUAUGUGAGGUUCGUUCGACUACCAAACCUAUAAAGACUUUAUUGCAAUACAUCACGGAAAUAAUUUGGAGAGAUAAGCCAGAAUUGCUUUCUUUGGCAGAACCUUUUGCUUUAGUGGAGAAAGCAACAAAAUGUGAUUUGGGUGUAAUAGAAGGUGAGAUUAACUCACUAAAUGGGUCUUUGAAUAAAGUUACAGAAACAAUGAAAUCAGCUCAGAAGGAUAAUGAGAGAGCUGGUCCUAUGGGAGAGAAGGAUCCUAUUGCUAAAAUUCUGGCAGAUUUUAUAUCAGAUGUUGAGCCUAGAAUUGAGGAUUUAGUAGUGACUAUGAAAUCAGUUAAGGAGAAUUUGGAAAAGAUGGCUUUGUACUUAGGAGAACCACAAAAUACAAUUCAAAGAAUUGUUUGGCCGGACUAUUUCCGUAUUUUGUGGAACUUCAUUUCAUCUGUAGAUCUUGUGCGUAAAACAAAGUUAGAAGAAGAACGAAGAUUGAAACAAAAACAAGAAAAUCUUGCAAAGAGAGAAAAGAGUACAAGUACAGUUAAGCUCAAACUGUCUGAGAAAAAGUCUCUCUCACAACCUAAACGAGGAAACGCUGAAUCUAGGCCUACAUUACAAAAGCAAAAGUUGACAGUAACUAUGGCGCCAAAGGCAAAUGCUGUAAAAACUAGCAAGCUUGAUGAAAUGGCAAGUUGGUUUGCAAAUGAAGGAGAAGAAACACAGACUCCAUCAUUCCUACAAGAAGCCUUUAAUCAACCAAAUGACACUAAUGUGGUACUUACUGAUUUGGAUAUUGAUGUGGACUUAUGGUAG